GGUCCGCCCCCCUCGGGCGGGAAGGGGGAAGCGCCGAGGCUGCCUGACUGGAAUCCAGGGAGCUGCAGCGACGGCGGCCGCGGGAGCAGGGCCGGCCAUGGCGGUGUGGACGCGGGCCACCAAAGCGGGGCUGGUGGAGCUGCUUCUCAGGGAGCGCUGGGUGCGGGUGGUGGCCGAACUCAGCGGCGAGAGCCUGAGCCUGACGGGCGACGCGGCGGCGAUCGAGCCCGAGCCGCCGGCUGCCGCCUUCAACGGUCUUCCGAACGGCGGCGGCGGCGGCGACUCGCUGCCCGGGAGCCCGAACCGCGGCCUGGGGCCGCCCAGCCCGCCCGCCCCGCACCGCGACCCCGCGGGGGAGGCGGGCGCCUCGCCGCCCGUGCGCCGAGUGCGAGUGGUGAAGCAGGAGGCGGGCGGCCUGGGCAUCAGCAUCAAGGGCGGCCGCGAGAACCGGAUGCCGAUCCUCAUCUCCAAGAUCUUCCCGGGGCUGGCGGCCGACCAGAGCCGGGCGCUGCGGCUGGGCGACGCCAUCCUGUCGGUGAACGGCACCGACCUGCGCCAGGCCACCCACGACCAGGCCGUGCAGGCGCUGAAGCGCGCGGGCAAGGAGGUGCUGCUGGAGGUCAAGUUCAUCCGAGAAGUAACACCGUAUAUCAAGAAGCCAUCUUUAGUAUCAGAUCUGCCAUGGGAAGGUGCUGCUCCCCAGUCACCAAACUUUAGUGGAAGUGAAGACUCUGGUUCUCCAAAGCAUCAGAAUAGCACCAAAGACAGGAAGGUCAUCCCUCUCAAAAUGUGCUUUGCUGCUAGAAACCUAAGCAUGCCAGAUCUGGAGAACAGAUUGAUAGAGCUACAUUCUCCUGAUAGCAGGAACACCUUGAUCCUACGCUGCAAAGAUACGGCCACAGCACACUCCUGGUUCGUAGCUAUCCACACCAACAUAAUGGCUCUCCUCCCACAGGUACUGGCUGAACUCAAUGCCAUGCUUGGUGCAACCAGUACAGCGGGAGGCAGCAAGGAAGUCAAGCACAUUGCCUGGUUGGCAGAACAGGCAAAACUAGAUGGUGGAAGACAGCAGUGGAGGCCUGUUCUCAUGGCUGUGACCGAGAAGGAUCUGCUACUUUAUGAUUGUAUGCCAUGGACAAGAGAUGCCUGGGCAUCGCCAUGUCAUAGCUACCCUCUAGUUGCCACAAGAUUGGUUCAUUCAGGUUCUGGAUGUCGGUCACCCUCCCUUGGAUCUGACCUUACCUUUGCUACAAGGACGGGCUCUCGGCAGGGCAUUGAGAUGCAUCUCUUCAGGGUUGAAACACAUCGGGAUUUGUCGACCUGGACCAGAAUACUUGUUCAAGGUUGUCAUGCUGCUGCUGAGCUGGUCAAGGAAGUCUCCCUAGGCUGCACCUUAAGUGGCCAGGAGGUAAGAUUCACUGUCCACUACGAACAUGGGUUCACUAUCUCCAGAGACAAUGGAGGUUCCAGCAGCAUUCUAUACCGCUAUCCUUUUGAACGGCUGAAGAUGUCUGCUGAUGACGGCAUCAGAAACCUCUAUCUGGAUUUUGGUGGUCCUGAGGGAGAACUGACUGUGGACCUGCAUUCUUGUCCAAAGCCGAUUGUAUUCGUGUUGCACACGUUCUUGUCCGCCAAAGUCACUCGAAUGGGACUGCUUGUAUGAGCAACGAGAAGUAAGGAAGAGCUGACUGUCACAAGAAGUUUUUCCACCUCCGAAAAAUGAAAAUUAAAACAAGCAUCAACAACAGAGAAGCACAAAAAGCAGCCCUGCUCUCCUCCAUCAUAGUGCCUUCCCAAGGACCUGCAGAUCACUGCUGAAACCACAGGGUUGAAGAGGGGCUGACCUCCCCACACAGCCGUGGCCAGAAGUUCUAGAACUGAAAUUAGCUCCAAAUUGAAGCUGUUGAUUUAUCGUCUCAUUUCACAGUGUGAUCGCUAAGUAAUUACGUUUAUUGCGUUUCUAUCUAACCCUGUUAUGAAGGCUGGCUCUUUGGGUUUCUCUUCGGAUAUAAACAAAUAGCCAAAAGA